AUGGUGCAGCUGAAAGAAAUUUCAGAUGAGGUGGCCGAGAAGUUGAAGCUGGGAGAGACCAGCCCAGCAACUGACAACGACGGCAAGGUGAAAAAGGCAGAGGCACAGCCAGCGCCGGCACCAUCGACAGCACCAGCACCAGCACCAGCUGCUUCCACAUCACGGCCGGCACAAGAUGCGGCAUCAGAACCAACCGUCGCGGGCCCGGAGCUGCCACCGGCCAGGGCACUCACAAGUGGCAAGACGGCGGACGAGAUUCUCGCCGAGCUCAACAAGUCGCCCCUCUUCAUGACCGACCUUGAGGACAACGACGACAUCGCCGCGCUGCAGGCGCUUGCCUACGAGGGCACGCCCUUUGAGAACGCCGGCGAUUUCAAGGAGCGCGGCAACGAGUGCUUCCGUGAGUCCAAGUGGGCCGACGCCCGCGAGUUCUACGGCAAGGGCAUUGCCCUCCUCGCUGCCGAAGACAAGCGCCGUGCCCGCGGCGAGGCGCCCAAGCUGGAGGCCGACGAGGACGGAAAGCUGCCCGACGACCCGGACACGCCGGACCAGGUCGCCCAGCAGCACGCCCUGCUGGCCCAGCUGUACGGCAACCGCGCCGCCUGCCAGCUGGAGCUGCGCAACUACCGGUCGUGCACGCUCGACUGCGGCUGCGCGCUGCGCCUCAACUCGGCCAACACCAAGGCCUGGUUCCGCAGUGCCAAGGCGCUGCUGGCCCUCGACAAGACCGACGAGGCCGACGAGGCCUGUGCGGGCGGCCUGGCCGUCGACCCCCAGAACGCGUCGCUGCUGCGCCUCAGCAAGGACAUUGCCGCGCGCGCCGAGAUGGUGGCGGCCCGCAAGCGCCGCGAGGACGAGCGCGUGGCGCGUGAGACGCGCAAGAAACAGCGCCUGCGGGCGGUGCUGCGCCUGCGUGGUGUGCGCACGCGCACAACGGCGCAGCCGCCCGAGAUGGAGGAUGCCGCGGUGCGGCUGGAGCCCGAGGACGACGGCACGUACGACCUCGACGUGUCCAAGAGCACGGUAAGCUACCCGACGGUGCUCCUGUACCCGCUGAAGCUGCAGUCCGACUUUAUCAAGGCCUUCAACGAGACGGAGAGCCUCGGCGACCACCUGGCGUACAUCCUGCCGGUGCCGUGGGACACGACGGCCAAGGACUAUGCGGCACCGGCGGGCGUUGACUGCUAUAUGGAGACCAUCGCCGGCAGCCUGGUCAAGGUCGGCAAGAAGAUGGCGCUGGGCAAGAUCCUGGCGCAGGCGAGCGUGGAAGUUGUUGACGAGGUUGUUCGCGUCUUUGUCGUGCCCAGGGAGCAGGCCGAGUCGUGGGUGCGUGAAUUCAAAGAGAAGAAGGCUGCAGAACGAGGGGAGCAGACCGAAAAGUGA